GGGGCCUGGGGCCGCGGGGCCGGACCGCGGCGCGGCUAGCCGCUGAUUGUUCACAGCGCCGAGGCACGGUGCGCUCCGGACGCUUCGGGACGGUGUGGCGCGUGGGGUCCCCGGCUCGCAGCCCAGAGCCCUCCGUUAAGAUGCCCGCCCGCGCCACGCGCAGAGGCCGAGCCUAAGCGUCCUCAGUCCACCGGCGGCCGGCGGCGGCUCCCGACGUGCGCCCGGGCUCGGAAGGCGACGCGCCGCGCCGCUCGAAGGACGAGCAGCGGCCGGCCGAACACUCUCCGCGGGACUCCGUGGAGUUCGCGGCGCUCAGGGCUCGGCCCGGAUGGGCGCGGGGCUGGCGUUCCCCGCAGAGCGCUGCGAAGCGGCCCGGGCAGAGCGUGCCGGCUGAGCGCCGCGGCCGCGGAGCCGACUGGGACUGGGCGUCCAUGCUCGGGUGCGGAGCCUAGCGCCCGAGCGCAACCCGCGCCCGCCCGCCCGUCCGCCCGCCCGCCCGCACCUCGCAGCGCUCGCGCCCCGGCUUCGCGGCGCGCUCCAGACAAGAUGGCGCGGCCGGGUCCGGGAGUGCUCGGGGCCCCGCGCCUCGCGCCUCGCCUUCUGCUCUGGCUGCUGCUGCUGCUGCUGCUGCUGCUGCAAAGGCCGGAGUCGGCGGGCGCCCAGGCCGGCUCGCGGGAGCCCUGCGCGGCCGCCUGCACUUGCGCCGGGGACUCGCUGGACUGCAGUGGGCGCGGGUUGGCGACGCUGCCCCGGGACUUGCCCUCCUGGACGCGGAGCCUAAACCUGAGUUAUAACAGACUCUCUGAGAUUGACCCCGACGGUUUUAAGGACUUGACGAAUCUACAGGAAGUGUACCUCAGUAACAAUGAGCUGACAGCCAUACCAUCCUUGGGCGCUGCCUCCACGACUGUUGUCUCUCUCUUUCUGCAGCACAACAGGAUCCUCAGUGUGGAUGGAAGCCAGCUGAAGUUGUACCUGUCCUUGGAAGUUCUGGAUCUCAGCUUGAACAACAUCACGGAAAUCCGGAGCUCUUGUUUCCCGAAUGGCCUGCGUGUAAGGGAGCUCAACUUGGCAAGCAACCGCAUCAGCAGCCUGGAGUCUGGAGCAUUUGAUGGUCUGUCACGGUCGCUGCUGACUCUUCGUCUGAGCAAAAACAGGAUCACCCAGCUUCCUGUGAAAGCAUUCAAGCUACCCAGGCUGAUACAACUGGACCUGAAUCGGAAUCGGAUUCGGCUGAUUGAGGGUCUCACGUUCCAGGGGCUCGAUAGCUUGGAGGUGCUGAAGCUUCAACGGAACAACAUCAGCAAGCUGACAGAUGGUGCCUUCUGGGGGCUGUCUAAGAUGCAUGUGCUGCACCUGGAGUACAACAGCCUGGUGGAAGUGAACAGUGGCUCCCUCUAUGGCCUCACGGCCCUGCAUCAGCUGCACCUCAGCAACAACUCCAUCUCUCGAAUUCAGCGCGAUGGCUGGAGCUUCUGUCAGAAGCUGCAUGAGCUGAUUCUGUCCUUCAACAACCUCACGAGGCUGGAUGAGGAGAGCCUGGCCGAGUUGAGCAGCCUCAGUAUCCUGCGCCUCAGCCACAACGCCAUCAGCCAUAUCGCUGAAGGCGCCUUCAAGGGACUCAAGAGUCUACGGGUCUUGGACCUGGACCAUAAUGAGAUCUCAGGUACAAUCGAAGAUACCAGUGGUGCCUUCAUGGGGCUUGACAACCUCAGCAAACUAACUCUGUUUGGAAACAAGAUCAAAUCUGUGGCUAAGAGAGCAUUCUCAGGGCUGGAAGGCCUGGAACACCUGAACCUUGGAGAGAAUGCAAUCAGGUCUGUCCAGUUUGAUGCCUUUGCAAAGAUGAAGAAUCUUAAAGAGCUCCACAUCAGCAGCGAGAGCUUCCUGUGUGACUGCCAGCUCAAGUGGCUACCCCCGUGGCUAGUGGGCAGGAUGCUCCAGACCUUCGUGACAGCCACCUGUGCCCAUCCAGAGUCACUGAAGGGCCAGAACAUUUUCUCAGUGCUGCCUGACAGUUUUGUGUGUGAUGACUUUCCAAAGCCACAGAUCAUCACCCAGCCUGAGACGACCAUGGCUGUGGUGGGCAAGGACAUCCGUUUCACGUGCUCAGCAGCCAGCAGCAGCAGCUCCCCAAUGACCUUCGCCUGGAAGAAGGACAAUGAGGUCCUGGCCAAUGCAGACAUGGAGAACUUUGCACAUGUCCGUGCGCAGGAUGGCGAAGUGAUGGAGUACACCACUAUCCUGCACCUCCGUCAUGUCACAUUUGGACACGAGGGCCGCUACCAGUGUGUCAUCACCAACCACUUCGGCUCCACAUACUCACAUAAGGCCAGGCUCACCGUGAACGUGUUGCCGUCAUUCACCAAAAUUCCCUACGACAUUGCCAUCCGGACUGGCACCACAGCCCGCCUCGAGUGUGCUGCCACAGGCCAUCCUAACCCCCAGAUUGCAUGGCAAAAGGAUGGAGGCACUGAUUUCCCUGCAGCUCGUGAGCGACGUAUGCAUGUCAUGCCAGAUGAUGAUGUGUUCUUCAUCACUGAUGUGAAAAUUGACGACAUGGGGGUCUAUAGCUGUACUGCCCAGAAUUCGGCUGGCUCUAUUUCAGCAAACGCUACCCUGACUGUCCUAGAAACUCCAUCCUUGGCAGUGCCUUUGGAAGACCGUGUGGUAACUGUGGGAGAAACGGUGGCUCUCCAGUGCAAAGCAACUGGGAGUCCCACACCGCGCAUCACCUGGCUUAAGGGCGGUCGCCCACUGAGCCUCACCGAGCGGCACCAUUUCACUCCAGGCAACCAGCUGCUGGUUGUUCAGAAUGUGGUAAUAGAGGAUGCAGGCCGGUAUACCUGUGAGAUGUCUAAUCCCCUGGGCACCGAGCGAGCGCAUAGCCAGCUGAGCAUUUUGCCCACCCCUGGCUGCCGGAAGGAUGGGACCACCAUAGGCAUCUUCACCAUUGCUGUGGUCUGUAGCAUCGUCCUUACCUCGCUGGUGUGGGUGUGCAUCAUCUAUCAGACCAGGAAGAAGAGUGAGGAGUACAGCGUCACUAACACAGAUGAAACCAUCGUGCCUCCAGAUGUUCCAAGCUACCUCUCCUCUCAGGGAACCCUUUCUGACAGACAGGAAAUUGUGGUCAGGGCUGAGAGUGGUCAUCAGGCCAGUGGGCACAUGGAAAGCAAUGGUGUGUGUCUGAGAGACUCGAGCCUAUUCCCAGAGGUCGACGUGCACAGCAUUACAUGCCGGCAGCCCAAGCUGUGUGUUGGACACACUAGAGAGCCGUGGAAAGUGCUGGAGAAAGCCGACAGGGCAGCUGCUCCAUAUACGGCAGCACACAGUGGCUCCGCUGUAUGCAGUGACUGUAAUUCUGACAUGGACAGUCAGCCCAAGGAACAAGCCUUCCAUCCCCAGCCUGUGUCCAGAGAGAGUGGACAGCCAGGUGCACCAAGCAGCCAAGAGCUCAGGCAGCAUGAUCAAGACUAUUCUCCACACCAUCCUUAUACUGGGACUGCUGAUGGGCCUCCCACCCACUCUGGGGGAACACUGUAUCCGAGUAACCAUGACAGAAUAGUUCUGUCUUUAAAGAACAGGGCGGCAUCCCCAGAUGGGAAAGGAGAUUCUUCUUGGACUUUAGCAAAGUUACAUGAUCCAGAUUCCAUAGACCUAAAGCCUUCUCCUACGUUAACAUCAGGCAGCCCAGAGCUCAUAGAAGAUGCCAUAUCUACUGAAGCCCAGCACUUGCUUGUUUCCAAUGGCCACCUCCCCCAGGCCUGUGACUCUAGUCCUGAGUCUGUGCCACUGACGGGACAGCUCACUGGGAAACGGAGGGGACCACUGCUCCUGGCACCGAAAAGCUAGGCUUCAUCUACCUCAGCUCUGUUAAAGCAAACGCUGCAGGAAAGAGGUAGGAGAGGCUGUGGGAAGUUGGUGUCCAACGUCACUCUGGACACAGUUUUAACUUCCGUGUGGAGUAUCACUUGACUAAAGGACUUGGCAUCUGGAGCACAGAAAUGCAAGAGACUAUUUGUGUACAAAAGGCAGAAAGAGUAUUUGAUACCACUGUACAUAAGAGUUUUCAGAGAUUUCAUAUAUAUUCUAUAUCUUUUACAGAGACUAUUUUAAUCCUUAGCGCAUGGGCCCCGCUUUCAGUGAUAUUUUCACAUUAGGUUGCUAUCUAAUUUUGGAGAGGGUCAGGAAUAGUUUUGGUGCCUUAACGCACAGCUGAAAUUCAGGUAAAACCACAUUAGCUGUUGCUGGUGGUUGGAAAGGAGGGCAUUUUGGCUAUGUGCUCACUUAGUCAGGUUCAGGUGUAUUGGCCAGACUAUGCGGUUGUUCUGGUGGCCUCACUGUAGAGCUGAGGUACAUGCGUCACUUGCCUUUCUUCUGGGUUCAGGGUCUGUUUCUGAAGAAGAGGUUGAGGGUUGUUAACUCACCAAAAGCAAUGGUUCAGAACAAUCGAGCACCGCCUUACAUCUUUCUUUGUAACUCACUCAGUGAAAGCAAAUGUCUGUCUGUCUCCUUCAAUGGGUCUUUGAAGCUUAUUAAGGCAGAGGCUGCCAGUGUUGGUACACCUGUGGAUUUUCAAUAGUGAGGGAUAGUUCUGCCAAUACCACACUGCAGUGGGGGAUAAAAGGAAGGGUCCACUUGUAGGGCCAGCUGCUUCCUGCUGAGCAGGCCUGUCCACCAUGUCCCCUUGCACAGUGAAACUGGGCUUGGACUGUACAAGACUGAGUCCCAGGCCUGGGUGUAUUUGCACUUUGGGGCCCUGUUGCUAACCAUCUUGUGAGUGCCAAUGUGUAAUUCAGUAAAAACUACAUGGAAACAAACUCAGUUCUUAAAACCCCUGAGAGCUGAAGGGAAGUGUUGAGGCAGUGAUGGCCAGAGUCACAGUGUACUGUCACGCCAUAGGUCAUCACUGUGCGCCAGGACAAAGCACAUUCAGAUGUUUAUUCUCCACAGUUGGCUGAUUAAUGUUACUUCCACAAAAUAUGUGAAUUAGCUGCUUCUGAGAGGCAAUGUGAAAGAGGAAGUAUUACUUUUUAUGUACAGAGUUAUUUAUUUAUAGAAAUUUUGGUACAAUGUACAUUGAAAACAUGUAAGAUAUGAAGUGUCUAACAAAUGGCAUUAAAGUGUCUUUAAUAAAGGUUCAUUUAUAAGUAC